GCGUGGCUCUCGCAACGGGCAGCAGGCAACAGCAAAAGGCUCUUUAGCAGCGGGCCCGCUGUACCGAUGCGUGGAUGCAAAGGUCGGGCUUAGUGGUUGAUCAGGCACGCUUGCGAGAGGUCGAAUCGAAGUUAGCGAAAUUCGUGUACACGCUCCAGAGCAACAGAGCCCAACCAGGCAACAAACUACCAACCAUUCGUACACUUUCACACAAGCCGCAACAUACAUCGGGGUACGCGAUAAGCUGUGGGCAGUGGUUGACCCACACACAGGUCAGUUGUGGUCCCAGGGUAGACCAGUGUUCCCGCUAGUCGAGGCGCAUUAGUGUGGUUCCCGAUAGUCGUGUGUCGCUUGUUGGGUAGUUGUCGCUGUGUUUUAGACGUGAAGUGGUGUAGUGAAGCGGAAAGCGCGGUCAUCUAGUGGCACCAUUUACGACAUUUCGGCAACGGACAAAAACCCACAACACUCACCAAGUCCAACAAGUGUACAGCGACAGAGCUCGUCUGAGGUACUUAACGCCCGCAUUACCAUUUGGUUGGAGUCAUCCGUCAAUCAAACAUCAGAAAACCCGUUCGGAGCAUAGCCAGCAAAAGGGAAAGUCGUUCGAUUUUGCAGCGGAUUUUGGAUUGUUUUUCGGGGGGGUCACUCGGCUAACCAGAUCGGCGUGUCUGUUUGUGUGUGUGUUCUUGUGAAUCUGUGAAAUUUCUGUGCGUGUGUAGGGCAAGGUCGCAAAACCUAGACGGUGAGAAUUGGCCCAGUAACGCCGUCGCGCCGUACAGCUCAGCGUAUAACAACAGACCACCUUGAGCCUGUUUCAUACAUAGGCACCUGCAGCGCGCACACAUAAACAAUCGUGCAACAAUCAACCCGUCGUUACGCACAUCGAGCUUUGCAACUUCAACUUCGUCGUGUUUUCUUUAGAAGGACUGGUCUCACUGAACCUAGAACAACAACAGUCCCGAACGAUGAGCGGAGUCGACGACAUUCUGGCGUACAAGCGUGACUCUAAGGAGGAUCUCUAUGGGUUAUUGAACUGCAGCGAAACGUCUACAGUCGACCAAAUCCAGGCCGAGUUUAAAAUACUCGCGCUACAGUAUCACCCGGACAAGAACGAUGGUGACAAGGAGUCUGAGGCCAAGUUCCAGCAGCUGAAGGAAGCGAAGGAGAUCCUGUGCGAUCCGGAAAAGCGGGCCAGCUACGACAAGUGGCGCAACAGUGGCAUCAAGAUCAGCUACAAGAACUGGCUCGGCAUGAAGGAGCACGUCCAGCAGAGCAUGCACUGGGCUAUCCCGAAAACGAAGGACCGGAUGCUGCCGGAGGGUGGUGCAGCUGGUGGUGGCGGUGCCGGUGCCGGUGCCGGAUCUGGAUCGGGGCUGAGUGCGGCCCAACCGAACCCGGCCCAUCGGCGUGCUUCGGAGGGCGGUGCGGCACUCUACUACGGUGGGCGUAAGGGUGAGUGGGGUUCAGAAAAUUCGAGCGAAGUCGUCAGCAAGUUCCGCAACUACGAGAUUUAAACAGCGGAACGAGGAUGGAGGAGUGCACCCCGCUUGGGGUUGAGGUGAUCCACAGAGGAAAAGCUUUUGUCUUUGAAGAGUCCUUGAUGUCCUUGAUACGUACCUCCACAUACACACACACAAGUACACAUGCACACUGCCUGCGUCUGCUACUCCCUGGCGGUGGGAAAGAAACACUAAACCACUCAUUGAAUCUUUCAUCUCUUUCUCUCUAACUGUCUCCCUCUCGUUCGCCACCUGUCCGAUUACCUCUCAACCUCUAAGACCACAUCAACUAAGGGUUGCGAAUUUAAUGAACUCACGGUUGAAUUGAUAAUUGGAGCAGAUACGUUUCCAUGUACUCUGUCUACUUCAGCGGACGGUAAACGUCCAUGAAUGUGUGUGUAUGUGUGUGGUAUUUGUGCGGUUUUCGUAUUCAGCACACGCGGAGGGUUAAUAUUUUAUCCCAUCCUUCUCCGAUCCCACUGCCCCAUUUCGUCUGCGGUUCGAGGCUUCCUCCUCUAUUUUGGCAAGGAACGCCCUUUCCGUUUUCUACCACAUUCUACGCUUUCCGUCGCUGUAAACCGCCUCAGUAACUCAUGUGUCACCAGCCUUCAACCAGCCCUACUACAGCCCCUUCCAUUCCCAGUCUAUCUGGUGAGGAUGAAAUGAAAAUUGGAUGCUGAUGCUGAUGAUGAUGAUGAGAAUCCUUGAGAAGCUAUGCAGAAACAAUACAGGCCCUCACCAAAUAUUGCUUCACGGGCAACGUAUAGUGGUAAGAAAGUGAGCUUCAAAAGACCGCAAGCAAGGGUUAAAUUGAAAUUGAUUUUUGUGCUCAAAGAAGACACACAAACUACUUACAAUGGCGUGUAGACGAAGCGUACCGAUGUGCGUAACACUUGGGUAAUUGAAUAAUUAAAUGAAUUUGCUCGAAGAAUUAAUUGAGUGAAGAAGCUGAGGAUGCCUAUUAUAAAUGGGGCUGAAACGCAGAACAAAAAGUCUCUUAAGAAAAGAGAAUUAAAUAAAAAAAUUACACACACACACACACACACAGUGAAAAAACAAACAUUCACUGAUGAAUUGCAAGCUGAUGUGCCCAAAAAACUAUGUCGGGAUCCAAGGAUCAGUGUAUUCUGAAGUCUGCAGGCUUAUGUGAAAAAGAAGAAAAAGGAAAAAAACACAAAAAAAAGAAGAAACAACCCCCAUCACCCCACUCUGACGCUAUUUGGACCCUGAAACGUGUGUAUUCCUGAUGUUCUUCCCUUAUUCUCGUGAAUUGAUGUGUUAUAGUUGUUAUAUUGUUGUUGUUAAACGCACACACUCACAAAAGGAAACAAAAAUGAGAAAAAAAUCCUAAACACGAUAAGGCGAAAACUAAAAAAAGAAGGACGACUAAACAAGAGAAAAAAAAAUCAAGAUAAUGUACGAAGAAACGAACGAGAGAAGAUAGGCAAAGAAACACAAACAAGAUAAGAGCGCGACAAAAUGACAUCAGUAAAAGCUAAAACUUAGGGUGCUAAGCACCCGUAUGAGUUGAUAAUGAUGUAAGACGACAAAAACAAUACAAGAGUAAUGAUUUCCAUAACAACAUCACGGUGUUCUAAGAACUUUUCAAGCAGCUGUCGAAGAAGCGGAAGGCAAAAACAAAAAUGAAAAAAUGAAAGUGAAUUUCGAGACAUAAGAUGAACUAGAUAAAGUGAGAAAGAGAAACAGAGAGAGAAGAAAAAGCAAAACAAAUGUCAAAGUUUGUAAAAGAUACAAACAAAGAAAAACAAAAACAAUCAGAUGAGAUAAAAUACAAAAUGAUCUGCUCUUUUGCUUUCUAUUAUAAGUAUAGAUACAUACAUAUAUUUAUAUACAAGAAGAGGCAAAAAUGGAAAAGAAAACCCAACAUGAAACUACUAUUGAAACAUCACACAAAUACAAAGAAGAAUUCCCUUUUUGUGCAAGGAAAGCAUAUUUUUGUUACCUAACUAUACCUAAUAUACGAUAUAGAAGCACAUCCCGGAUGGCAAAAUAGAACAAAAAAUGGAAGACAAAACAAAAUGUAUGACAUUGUAUUUAAAACUAUUUAAACAAUCAAGCUGUGUAGAUGAUAAUAUACUGAUAUAGAGAUAUACAUACAUACACUACCGUAGACAUAUAGAUUUAUUGAUGUUAAAUGAUGAAAAUGAUAGUCUCUCUUAACUCUUACAACUGCAAGUAGACGUGCGGGUGCGAGUAACUUAUUGCAUUAAUGUUUCGUUCUUUGUCGUAGGGCACAGCUACAAUUGUUUUAGCGUGUAAGUGAGAUUACUAUACCGUGUGAGUGUAUGUACUACAACACAACUCUAUUAACACACUGGUUGCUGUCCAUUUAUCAAUUCUCUCACACAAACACACAUACAUAUUAGUAAUGGAAUGUGUCACACAUGAUAAACCUCUUGUUGGAAGAUUACACUUUAAAGAAAGAAAAACAAGUAAGAAAUUACACAUACACACACAACUCAAAGUUAAAAAAAUACUAGGAUGUGAUGGACGGAAUGUGUCCCUUUGACAAAGAAAAAAAAAAAUGGUAGCAGAGCGCUGCUCUCAAAAAUUGAUUGACUUUAUUCGGAAUGACCUUUAUAGAGAAUUUGGAGAUCCCUUUUACACCCGCGUGUUGGCAAAACAAAAUUAAGAGAAAACAAAACAUGCAAAAUGUACUGUUAUUUUACACAAGUUGGUGGUACUGAGAUAUGUAUUGCAUUGCACUUUGAAAACAAACAGCAAAGCAAAAGCAAAAAAAAAACAUAUAAUAACAAAUCAAAAUGUUUAAGCAAAAAAUGGUAAAACACAUAACACAAACAGCACACAAACAAAAACUCACACUUUAAAGCACAGAUCUGGUGCCUGCCAAAUAUCUGUCAGGAUAGAGUAUUCUAAACUGUAGCCUAUAUACUGUCUGGACUGUCACUGCAAAACAAAAGCUGUCACGCUAAAAGCAAAACCGUCGGAUACUAUUUAUAAAACUCUAUUUUUCGGCACUUUGCGCGCAGCCCAACGCUGCAAGCGAACAAACACAGGGUAACGAUGUGAAUGUAGUAGUCAUAGUAGCGAAAAGGACCCACCUUACACACUGAUACCACCACCCCUUAACACGCACACAUUCUCUCAACCUCCGGGCCGAUUACGAUUGUGAUUUUUGUUGUUUCCUGGGGGCCGAUCGUGUGUCCUCGACAUGAUCGGUUUGUUUUAGUAUUGCCUUACGGUUUGUUUUACCUGUGCAUACAUAUAUUGCUGUUUAAAAAAGAAAACAUACACACACACACUCAAAUAGUAGCUGACCACAGAGGAACGAACCCCAUAGCCCACAUAUACUAAACAACCAAAUAAUAGUAAAUUCUGAGGAGCGAGUCAGAAGCACUCAGCACUUGUCUCAUUCCAAAAUACGUGCAACAAACAGUAAAAAUGUGUAAUAGUAUUAGGUGGAUUUUUUUUGUGUGCAAAUAAUGUUUGAUAUACUACAUAUAUAUACAUAUACACAGAUGCAAACCAGGCAAAACAAAGUCUAUACAACAAGCAAAGCCAAUCUUCCUCAAGCAAGAUAAAUCUUUGAACAAGGCAAACAUACACAAACAAAGAAACACGCAUACAAAGAAAAUAUGGUAAACAAUUAACAAUCGUAUUAAAAGAAAAGCAAACAAAA